GUGAUGCUUAUAAGAAACAUUAAGUUAAUGCACUCUUAUUAUUGACUGUUACGUUAGUUCAGAGAAAAACUACUACAAAGUCUGUGGUUGCCAAUUGGGUGUUGAUGUAAGUACUUGGGAAGUGCAGAUCAAAUCAAUGGGGAAGCAGAGGCCACUUGGAAGGAACUAUUACCAGGUCGACUUGAGAAAAGCAUCCUGAUUCUUAGGCAGCACUUUAUGUGUCUUGCUUUCAAAACAACUGAAACAAACCGAAAUCCUGCGGUCACCUACUGUACUUGAAGUAAUCAUGCAAGGCAGAACCAAUGCUAUUCUAAUUUGGGAUAUCUAUUGUAUCUUUUGACAGCACAUUGCUCCAUCAGCAUAUGUUGUUCAACUGCUUACACAGUUUGGUCUUUCCACAAUUUGGCAUCUGAUUCUCAAAAACCACUGGGACGUGAUUAUUUGUUCUUAUAAAUUCAGGUUAAUUUACAAAAUUCCGUCCAGUAUAGUGCUAGCACCAUGUUGUGGGCUUGGGGUGUGGCCAUAACCUUAAUACUGGGCUCAGUUCCACUGAAACUGACUGGAGGCAGCUGUCCUUCCAAGUGUCUGUGUGCAUCUGAUAUCCUUAGCUGCAGCUCCCUCGGCUUGGAGCAACUGCCUGCCACACUGCCCACAACAGCUGCCACACUAGAUUUUAACCACAAUCAACUAUCACAACUAGAAGAAGACAGUUUUGCAGGACUGCCUCGGCUGGAUACACUACAACUGGCGCACAACCGACUUAGCAUACUGGCACGAGGGACCUUCCAAAAUGCUAGCAGCCUGAGGCACCUUGAUCUGUCAUCCAACCUCUUCCAUGUUGUGGAGCAGCAUUACUUCCAAGACCUGGUCGGGAUGGAAGAGCUGCUUCUCUUCAACAACCGCAUCACCCAAGUGGAGAGUCGGGCAUUAGCCGGGCUUAGCAACCUGCACAAGGCCUACCUGAGUCACAACCUUCUCACAGACUUCCCCUUUUUCUCAAUACAGGAGCACAGCCACCCUUUGCUGAGCACACUGGACCUUUCUUCCAAUCGCAUGCCCAAACUACCACUGAAGGACAUCUUGGCCUUGCCUGCUGUAGUGCAGAGUGGUCUCUUUCUGCACAACAACACACUGAUCUGUGACUGCUCCAUGUAUAGCCUUUUCCAUCACUGGGAGCAGCGGGGCUUUGCCUCAGCUAGGGAUUACCACCAUGAACACACCUGUCUGUUGUAUGGAGAACGAAGAGCUUCUGUACGAUUCUUCCAGCAUAGACGCUCCUUUGAAAACUGCAACUUGCACAUACCACAGGGGUUGGUGGGAGAAAAAGACAACAGCUUGCAGGCUUAUGUCGGUGAUUCAAUCACACUUGAGUGCCAGACUUCACUGAGAGGGCAUCAAAUGAGACUUAUAUGGGUUACGCCCCACGAUGGGGACAUUGCCCCUCCAGGCAACAAUAAUUCACUGCGCAUGCAUGCUAAUGGGAGUCUGGAAAUCAUCUCAGCACAGGUCAAAGACUCUGGGGUGUACGUGUGUAUGGCCCUGAACCAUCAGCGCAAUGAGACACAAGGGGUAAAUGUGACACAAGAGGUAAAUGUGACAGUGGUACCACAACCAGUGGACCAUGAGCCCUUCAAUACCGGCUAUACUACCCUGCUAGGCUGUGUGGUGAGCCUGGUGCUGGUCCUGAUGUACCUGUACCUGACACCCUGCCGCUGCUGGUGCCGUAAGCAGCCCCCUGCACCCACUACUCCUAGCCCAGCCAAUGAGUGCAGUGCGCAAUCAUCCAUCCUGACACCCACGCCCCCCGCCACCACUGAGGGACCCGGCCGUAAGGUCAGUAAUAACAAGCACGUGGUGUUUCGGGAGCCUGUCAAGGAGGUGCAGAAUGGGCGGCUGCACAUCAAACCUCAGGUGCUGCGCCACAAUGCCGGGUCUGUAAUGUCUGUUUAUUCCGACACACCCAUUGUGCCCUAACCAACCUACUGUAAUAGCCACUGCUCCUAACCCAAACUCCAUCCCUACAGGUGAAUGGUUCCCUCCACAAGGGCAGCCAGCCUUACAGCCUCUGAGAGCAGGGCAGGAGUACUAGAGUAACUAGAGAUGAGGUGGGAUGGAGCAAAAGACAGGAAAUGUUAUGAUGCCAUAGUGAGACUUAGAGAAGCGGAAGAGAGAGGAGGACAGUGUGCCUAAUGAGUAUCUACAAACACUACAACCAAAGCUACACUCCUUAUAGACCAUUUAGCUAUGAAUGCCUUGUUAACAAAUAUAAAUAAGCCACUGCAUUAUACAAAAGCACCUUUUCACAAAAAUCCAGUAGCUACAAAAAACAACAAAUGCUGUUGUAUAUCUAUAAUCAGCACAUGUUUGGUAAAGAGAACACACUAAAAACAACUGUGAACAAGUCUGGUUUCCACUCCCACUGUGAUUUACACCACAUUUUCAUUUUCCUAUUUUCCUAGUUACUUGAUUCCGAACAGUUUAUGUGGAAAAAGAUGGGGAGACAAAAGAUGAAUUGUAUUUUGAUUACAAUUUACAACCAAGAGGGGUAAUUGAAAAGUCUCCUAUUGAUAUUUGCCAAUCUUGAGGUCUUGACUUCUAAUGCCAGGAGGGAAAUUGAUAUUGACCAUGUGACAAGAACGGAUCCUGCAUGGACGAUAACAGUGUACUGUAACUGAAAGGAUGGAACAGACAGAUCAUUUCCAUACCGUAACCUUUCCCCCGUGUCAUGAUUCCAUGUCUCUUUUCUCUCUCAGCACCUUCCUGUUUUCCCUUUACCAAA